AUGUUUGCACCGGAGCUCUACAAGGCUGACGCUCACAUCAUGGACGCCGUCUUGAUAAGUGGCCUCUCUCUUCUGUCCGCCUAUCUUCUCUAUCUCUCAUUCAAGGUCAAUCCGCGCGCAACCGAGGACGUUACGCAUCCAAUCUGGAACCUGAUUAUGAUACGCUUGUGUCAAGGACGCUUCGAUAGGCUCCUCCCCACUAUGCAGUUCCGACUUUAUAUCUCGCCCUACGAUCCCAAUUUGGAGGAUCCCGCCCCUGAUCCAAACGAAACCAGGCCUGAUCCAAAGGCGCGAGGCGUCAUCACCGACUGCUGCAUCCUUGCACCCACUAUUGGAUCCCGUGACGAUCCACUGGCAUCACCAUCAACCUUCCUCACCAGAGUCAUUUCCCAACUCUCGAAAAUGCCGAUAUUUGGAGUUGCCGCCGCCCAUCUCAGCAGCUAUCUUCGUGAAGGCACCGUCAGCAAGAUUAUGAUCCCCCUCCUCGUGGAACUCAAGCGGCCUGUCUCCCGUCACUGCAGCGAUAUCCUCGCCUAUGCUCUCGCCCUCCAAAAGACGUUAGAUGACGCACGAAAGCAGGUUUACGGACAGGCCCACUGUCUAUUUUCCUCCCCGAAGUACGCCGAGCAGAGCGCAGCCGUGAUAAUAGCCGCCACGGGCGGCUGGUGGACCUUCAAGGUCAUACAUCGCGACGCCCAGAUUGGUCGGUUCCGAGCCCAGCGUUACUUCAAAUUUCGCGACCAGACGGAUAAGGACGAAAACGAGCAGGAGGACUACUUCGAUGGCGUGUCGACUGUUGAUGACGAGACUCUCGAGAAUCCGGGGAAAAAGGACCUCCUGGCGGCGGCCAACGCGAAUUGGGAAAAUAGAAGGGCCGAUGAGCAGAAGCAUAAGGCGCUUCGAGUAGAAAGGCAAAGGAAGGAGAGGCGAGAAAGGAUAGAGAAGCGCAAUCAGAGAGAUCAAGAACCACCGGUGCUUGAUUUUUUUGAGAGGGCCAAAGGCAACAUUGUUGAGGUCGACAACUCCGAUUCGAACUACGCCAACGUCACGGCACUGCUGAACUUCUGUGACAGUAUCCCGCAAUCGACCUUCUACGAUUUGGAUCAGCUACAGGAGCUGUCGCGCCAUUUGCAGAAAUGCAAGUCGCUGACCGAGUUUGAAUUGCCUGAGCGACAACCUGACUUCAACGUUAAAGUCCCAGGCAAGAUCAAUUACCGCCCGAAAAAGCAUUUUGGUUACCAUGACCGCUCGAACCUCGACGAAUGGAUUGGACCAUUAUUGGUUGGUAGUGAAGCCUCGGACCGCUGCCUCGAGCUUAUCCAGGAAGCUCUCGCUUCUUCAUUCUUCCAUGAUGGCGGGGCCAAUUCAUUCGGAAGCAAAUAA